UCCUUCGUUCUCUGUGUUUAUCGUUCCCCUCCUCCUCCGCGGGCGCUGAGCGCCAAACUCAAACUCUGUCCGGACCGGGACUCCUUGCACGCUGGUACGAGGGCCCGGGCCGGUGGGGCUUUGUCGCACACCCGUCGGGGCAGAGGUCCGACAUGAGCCAGGUCCUGUUCCAGCAGCUCGUCCCCUUGCAGGUGAAAUGCAAAGACUGCGAGGAGAGGAGAGGAAGUGUUAGAGUGAGCAUCGAACUACAAUCACUUUCUAACCCAGUGCACAGAAAGGACUUAGUCAUCCGUCUGACUGAUGAUACAGAUCCAUUUUUUCUGUAUAACCUUGUCAUAUCUGAGGAAGAUUUUCAAAGUUUAAAAUUGCAGCAAGGUCUCCUGGUGGACUUCUUAGCUUUUCCACAGAAAUUUAUAGACCUUCUUCAGCAGUGUACGCAGGAGCAUGAGAAAGAGACUCCAAGGUUUCUGCUGCAGCUUCUGUCUUCAGCUGCUCUGUUGGAUAACUUGCCGGUGUUUUUAAAUGUCGUGGAGACAAAUCCCUUUAAGCACCUUAUUCACCUGUCACUAAAGCUUUUACCUGGAAAUGAUGUAGAGAUAAAGAAAUUUCUGGCAGGCUGUUUGAAAUGCAGCAAGGAAGAAAAAUUAUCAUUGACUAAAACACUAGAUGAUGUUACCAGGCAACUGCACAUUACACAGGAGACAUUAUCAGAAAAAACACAAGAACUAGAUACAUUGCGGAGUGAAUGGGCCACACACACAGCAUCGUUGACAAAUAAGCAUUCUCAGGAGUUGACAAAUGAGAAGGAAAAAGCCUUGCAGGCACAGGUUCAAUACCAGCAGCAGCACGAACAACAGAAAAAGGAGCUGGAAGCCCUCCACCAACGAAAUAUCCACCAGCUUCAAAACAGAUUGUCUGAAUUAGAAGCCGCUAAUAAAGACCUGACUGAGAAGAAAUAUAAAGGAGACGCCACGGUCAGAGAACUGAAAGCGAAGCUUGCUGGUGCGGAAGAGGAGCUGCAGCGGACCAAGCAAGAGGUCCUGUCUCUGAGAAGAGAGAACUGUACCCUGGAUGCUGAAUGCCAUGAGAAAGAAAAGCAUAUUAACCAGCUACAAACCAAAGUGGCGGUUUUGGAACAGGAAAUCAAGGAUAAAGACCAGCUUGUUCUGAGAACAAAAGAAGCAUUCGAUACAAUCCAAGAACAAAAGGUGGCUCUAGAAGAAAAUGGUGAGAAGAAUCAGGUGCAGCUGGGAAAACUUGAAGCUACAAUAAAAUCGUUAUCAGCAGAGCUUCUGAAGGCAAAUGAAAUUAUCAAGAAGUUACAAGGGGAUCUUAAAACUCUCAUGGGCAAAAUGAAACUGAAGAAUACAGUUACUAUUCAGCAAGAAAAGCUAUUGGCCGAGAAAGAGGAAAUGCUCCAAAAGGAGCGAAAGGAAUCGCAGGAUGCCGGACAGGCUCUUCGAGCCAAAGAGCAAGAGGUAUGCAAAUUACAAGAGCAAUUAGAAACUACAGUUCAGAAACUUGAAGAAAGUAAACAACUUUUAAAAAAUAAUGAAAAAUUAAUCACGUGGCUAAACAAAGAAUUAAAUGAAAACCAGCUGGUGAGAAAGCAAGACACACUGGGCCCCUCUUCCACUCCCCCUGUGCACUCGAGCAGCAACCCCAUCAGAAGUGGGAUCUCUCCCAACCUGAACGUGGUUGAUAAUAGACUAAAUUACCCAAGCUGUGGAAUUGGCUAUCCUGUCUCCUCUGCGUUUGCAUUCCAGAAUGUUUUUCCUCAUGUAGUAUCUGCCAAAAACACCAGCCAUCCAAUCUCAGGACCAAAGGUUCAGUUUAACUUGCAGCUUUCAAAACCAAGCACAUCCAUAGACGCACAGCCAGGAACAGCUACUAGCAGGCCUUGUUCAACUGAUAAGGAGAAUAGUGAAAAUUUAGGACUGGAAUCUAAAUACUUGAAGAAAAGAGAAGAUAGCAUUCCUUUACGUGGACUCAGCCAGAAUCUAUUUAGUACUUCAGACCAUCAGAAAGAUGGCAUGCUGGGAGCAUCACAGACAUCUUCCAAACCCACAGUUCUCCCCUCUUCCUCCUCAGCAUAUUUCCCUGGGCAGCUGCCAACUAGUUAACCUAACACUUUUUAUUUCUUACUGACAGGUUAGAAAUUGAAGUGCUUAACAAUCCGCUAAUAACCAAACCACCUUCUCCUCAUUCCUGGUAGCUCAUCUGGAUCCUCUGUUCCACUGCUUCCAUUUACAGACAUAGGAGAUUGUUAAGAUUCUGAGGAAAUGGUGUUUAUUCUGUAAACAGAAUGCUUCAAAAAUACCACUGAAUUUGAUCAGAUUAACAGUUGGUCUGAACAAGAAACACCCAAAGAGAAAUGCACCCUGCAAGGGAAUAGUAACAAGCUGAAGAAAGCUUGUGGUUCAUAUUAUCACGUUUAUUAGCAAAACAUCCUUCAUUUGCCACCUGAAUAUUGGGAGAAAUAGCUUCAGCCUGUGAUUUUUGAUCUGUACACUCAAGUCCUUACACUUUUAAAGUUUGUUGUUUUGGUUUGUUUUUUUCUUCCAUUUUUUAUACACAUAUAUAUAUAUAUAUAUAUAUUUUGA